UCAAAUAAUACAAAUUAUUUGUGAAUAAGUUGAAAAAUGAGUACGACGAACGAGCGAUGUACAAAAUGUCAUGGCGAUCAUGAGACAGGUAGCAUUUACUGUCCAAAAUUUAACGAAAAGAGAAUAGCAGAUUCUACAAAAGUAUCAUCAGCGAAAUCAUUGGAUAACAGUUAUAUUGUGCAAAUAGUUUCCAUAGGUAUUCGGCCUGACAAUUUCUAUGAGGCGAAGAUGUUACUAGCACCGGAAAUCGAUAUGUCAUCUACGAAAAUAACUGUUAAGGGCAAUAAUCUUCGUGUGAGCGUUCAACGACAUUUAAAUAAAGAGUUUUCGGAUAUGAUACAAAAAUCGCCAUUUAAUGAUUUGUCUAAACAAAUCCUGAAACACCGAGAAAAUUUACUUAUUCCAGAGACCAUCGACAGCGACGAAGUUCGUGCUGUCGUUGACAAUAAACAUAGGAUGCUCAUUCUAACUGCCCCUACUAUUAAACCAAGCAAAAGAUUAAAAAUGUGAUAAAUCAAAAUAAGUUGUCAUCCAUGAUGCCAGCUAAUCGAAACAAAAGAAUUUAUCUAAUCGAUAAACCUAUUUCUAAAACAUUACCUGCAAAUGCCAAAUUAAGUUCAUCUAUAACUUAAUGCCGCAGUUUCCUGUGAUAAUUAUUCAUUAUUGAGUAUGGAAAAUUUGCCACAGCAUUGUUUGGACAACGCCAUACUGUUAAGACGAUAUGAUUAUAUAGAUCUUAAAAUGAUAUCGAGCGGAUUCAAAACACGAUUGAAAUUGAGUCAAAUCCCGGAUUUUUAUACUAUAAAUAGCAAAGAAUAUUUUGCUGUAAGUAAUAUACCAUUUGCUUUCGAUAUCCUAUAAAUUACCUUGAGUACGCGAUCUUUCUAUUCUUGUCACGUGUUAUCUGCAUGUAUAUAUAUGGUGUAAAAAAAAAUAUAUAAAU